AGCCGAGAACCGAAGGAAACCUUGGAGGAACGCCUCCGAACGGCCCUGACUCUGAGCCCAGAGGAGCCCGGGUGACGCAGUGGACCACGCUUUGGACUGCUAGCUGCCAACGUUGCCCAGUCACCCCCGCUGGGCGAGAGAAAGAUGAGGCUGGCUGCUUCCGUACAGGUUGGCGGUCUCAGACACCCUGUGGGUUAGUUCUCUGCCCAACAGGACGGGUGAUAAGCCGGAAUCGACUGGACGGCAGGGGGCAGGGUUCUGGGACCCUGGGCAAAGAGGUGUCACUUGAAAUAAGGAAGAGGAAUAACAGCAAAUGAGCCUUGGUGGCACAUUGCUGAAACCCUUCACUAGCCUAAAGGUUGGCAGUUGGCACCUGGGAGAAAGAGCUGCUGCUGUCACCAGGAGUUAGAACCUGGCCUGGAAGGCACCUGGCUUGUUCCAUGCCGAGCGCAGGUCUAAAGAGCUGUCUGUUGUUCUUAGAUGCCCUGCAGUCAUUUGUGACUCAGGAGGACCCUGUGUGCAAUAGCACAGAACACUGCCCUCACCAGCGGCCCUGUGUUUGAGCCCACUGCUGCAGCCACCGUGCAGUCCAUCCAACCGAGGGACUUCCGCUCGCUUGCAGACCCGCUCCUUGACCUAGCAAAGUGCUUCGUACCCAUGAGUUCAUGUACUCCUAAAACAACCCUAUACUGUGCUCAUCUGUCAGACAGCAGAUUUCCCCCAAGGAAAAGGUAUGACGUGCCAAGCUCGGAGCUCCUACCUGGUGGACGAGGUGCUAUGGGGCCACCGCUUCACAUCAGUGCUGACCCUGGAGGACGGCUUCUACGAGGUGGACUAUGCCAGCUUCCACCAGACCUUUGAGGUGCCCACGCCCUCAUGUAGCGCCAGGGAGCUGGCGGAGGCUGCAGCCCGCCUGGACGCCCAUCUCUACUGGUCCAUCCCUAGCCGGCUGGAUGAGAAGGUGGAGGAGGAGGGUGGCUCAGGGGAGGGGUCGGGUGGGGGGGGUGCAGGGGCUGACAAGGAGCAAAACGGCUGCCUGCCACCCCCCGAGAGUGAGUCCAAGAUGUGAGCAGCUUCCUGUAGCCCCCUGCAGCAGACUAGGCCAGGACACAGGUACCUGGGGAGCUGGAUACCUGGGGAAGUGGAGGAGGAGGCAGGCAAGGUCCCUCGCGAAGCCUCUCUGAUUGUGAACAUGGGAGCCAAUGUAGAGGGAAGGGUCGUGAUUCCAAGUGGAUGGCUGGGAUGGGUGAACAUGUGCACGUAACUGGACAGGCAGACAGAAGGUGGCUGGACAGGAAGGGGGUGGCAGACAGAGCCAGGUGAUUGGAAUGCACUCAGGGCUGCCGCUAGCCCCUAGCGAGCCUUUAUGCAAAUCCCCAAAGGCAUCCCUCCCACACACACACAGAAGCUGUCCCAAACUGGAGGCAUGGCUGGGCUGGAUUUCAGUCUUAUGCACCUCCUGGGCCUGUUCUCCUGAGCGUGGCUCACCCCCUGCUGGACACUAUAGCCCCAGGUGAA